GAGUCAGGAUGCUGGGCGGGGUCGGGCGACGACUGCCCCCUAGCUGGAAGGCACACCAGCUCCCACCCUCCAGGGUGCCCUCUGACCCGGAGGAGAGGACUCCAGAUCUCGGGUAACAAUGGAGCCCGCGGCGCGCGGCGGGCACCCGAGCACGCCAGGCGCCCAGCAGCGCGCCCCUUUACCGGGCAGGGAGGCCGGGUGCGGCUGCAGCACAGCCUCGCCCGCGCGAAUCUACUGACUCGGCUCUACGUGGCAGCGACACUGCCGACCCUCGCCCGGCUCCGGGACACCUCGGACCUCCCCUGGGCGCCAGCUCCUCGGCUCCAGCGGGUCCAGAAACAAGCCGGAUUUUUUUUUUUUUUCUUUCUGGAAAUUGGCGUUGGUGUGCGUUUCUCUACGUCCCUCCUCCUCCCACCACCACCCCCCCCCCUUUUUUUUUUUUGAGACAUGGCCCGGGCAGUGGCUCCUGGAAGAGGAACAAGUGUGGGAAAAGAGAGAGGAAACCGGAGCUAAAUGACAGGAUGCAGGCGACUUGAGACACAAAAAGAGGAGGGUUUCUCUCGGAUCACGGCAUUGCCUCGCCGCUUUCCUUUCUCCAAGACGGACUGAGGAUUUUACAGCUCUGGGAGGAGUGGAAGCGCUCCGGAUUGUUGAGAUCGCCCCGGUGCUCUGUUUUCCCUGCACGUUCGGUUCUCCCGCGUCUGCCCGGGAACCCAGCGAAGGGAGGAUGGAGAGGGGGCUGCCGCUCCUGUGCGCCGCGCUCGCCCUGGUCCUCUCGGCGGCCGACGCUUUUCGCAACGAUAAAUGUGGAGAUACUAUAAAAAUUGAAAGUCCCGGGUACCUUACAUCUCCUGGUUAUCCUCAUUCUUAUCACCCAAGUGAAAAAUGUGAAUGGCUGAUUCAGGCUCCUGACCCAUAUCAGAGAAUUAUGAUUAACUUCAACCCUCACUUCGAUUUGGAAGACAGAGACUGCAAGUAUGAUUACGUGGAGGUCAUCGAUGGAGAAAAUGAAAAUGGGCGUUUAUGGGGAAAGUUCUGUGGAAAGAUUGCCCCUUCUCCUGUCGUGUCUUCAGGGCCAUUUCUCUUUAUCAAAUUUGUCUCUGAUUAUGAGACACACGGGGCAGGAUUUUCCAUACGUUAUGAAAUUUUCAAGAGAGGGUCCCCAUCAGUGAGGCAACGGUCCGGGAAAAGAAUUGUUGAACUGAACAUCCCCAGAUUGGAUCCUGAGAUUCAAAAGGGUCCUGAAUGUUCCCAGAACUACACAACACCUAGUGGGGUGAUAAAGUCCCCAGGAUUCCCUGAAAAAUAUCCCAACAGCCUAGAAUGCACCUAUAUUAUCUUUGCACCAAAGAUGUCGGAGAUUAUCCUGGAAUUUGAAAGCUUUGACCUGGAGGCUGACUCAAAUCCUCCUGGGGGGAUGUUUUGCCGCUAUGACCGGCUAGAAAUCUGGGAUGGAUUCCCUGAUGUUGGUCCCCACAUUGGGCGUUACUGUGGGCAGAAAACACCAGGUCGAAUCCGCUCCUCAUCCGGCAUUCUGUCCAUGGUUUUCUACACGGACAGCGCCAUAGCCAAAGAAGGCUUCUCGGCAAACUAUAGUGUCUUGCAAAGCAGCGUUUCAGAAGACUUCAAGUGUAUGGAAGCUCUGGGCAUGGAAUCCGGAGAGAUUCACUCUGACCAGAUCACAGCUUCUUCCCAGUACAGCACCAACUGGUCUGCCGAACGCUCCCGCCUCCACUAUCCUGAGAAUGGGUGGACCCCUGGAGAGGAUUCCUACAAAGAGUGGAUCCAGGUAGACCUGGGCCUUCUGCGCUUUGUCACUGCUGUCGGGACACAGGGAGCUAUUUCAAAGGAAACCAAGAAGAAAUACUACGUCAAGACUUACAGAAUAGACAUUAGCUCCAACGGGGAAGACUGGAUCACCAUAAAAGAAGGAAAUAAACCUGUUAUCUUUCAGGGAAACACCAACCCCACAGAUGUUGUGAUUGGAGUUUUCCCCAAACCCCUGAUAACUCGAUUUGUCCGAAUCAAACCUGUGACUUGGGAAACUGGCAUAUCUAUGAGAUUUGAAGUCUAUGGCUGCAAGAUAACAGAUUAUCCUUGCUCUGGAAUGUUGGGUAUGGUGUCCGGACUUAUUUCCGACUCCCAGAUCACAGCAUCCAACCAAGCGGACAGGAACUGGAUGCCUGAAAAUAUCCGCCUGGUGACCAGCCGCUCGGGCUGGGCACUGCCGCCCGCCCCGCACCCGUACGUGAACGAGUGGCUGCAGGUGGACCUGGCGGAGGAGAAGAUUGUGCGGGGCGUCAUCAUUCAGGGGGGCAAGCACCGGGAGAACAAGGUGUUCAUGAGGAAAUUCAAGAUCGGGUACAGCAACAACGGCUCGGACUGGAAGAUGGUCAUGGACGACAGCAAGCGCAAGACCAAGUCUUUUGAAGGCAACAACAACUAUGAUACACCUGAGCUACGGACGUUUCCACCCCUUUCCACGCGGUUCGUCAGGAUCUACCCCGAGAGAGCCACUCACGGCGGACUAGGGCUACGGCUGGAGCUGCUGGGCUGUGAGGUGGAAGCACCUACAGCUGGACCGACCACUCCCAAUGGGAACCUGGUGGAUGAAUGUGAUGACGACCAGGCCAACUGCCACAGCGGAACAGGUGAUGACUUCCAGCUCACAGGUGGUACCACUGUGCUGACCACAGAAAAGCCAACCGUGAUAGACAGCACUAUACAAUCAGAGUUUCCAACAUAUGGUUUUAACUGUGAGUUUGGCUGGGGUUCUCAUAAGACAUUCUGUCACUGGGAGCAUGACAGUCACGUGCAGCUCAAAUGGAGUGUGUUGACCAGCAAGACGGGACCGAUUCAGGAUCACACAGCAGGAGAUGGCAACUUCAUCUACUCCCAAGCUGACGAAAACCAGAAAGGCAAAGUGGCUCGCCUGGUGAGCCCUGUGGUUUAUUCCCAGAACUCUGCCCACUGCAUGACCUUCUGGUAUCACAUGUCUGGUUCACACGUGGGCACGCUGCGGGUCAAACUGCGCUACCAGAAGCCAGAGGAAUAUGACCAGUUGGUCUGGAUGGCCAUCGGACACCAAGGGGACCACUGGAAAGAGGGGCGUGUCCUGCUGCACAAAUCUCUGAAACUUUACCAGGUGAUUUUUGAGGGUGAAAUCGGAAAAGGCAACCUUGGCGGGAUUGCAGUGGAUGAUAUUAGCAUCAAUAACCACAUCCCUCAAGAGGACUGCACAAAACCAGCAGACCUGGAUAAAAAGAACCCAGAAAGUAAAAUCGACGAAACAGGGAGCACCCCAGGAUACCAAGGCACGGGAGAAGGUGAUGAGAACAUCUCCAGGAAGCCGGGCAACGUGUUGAAGACCCUGGACCCUAUCCUCAUCACCAUCAUCGCCAUGAGCGCCCUGGGCGUCCUCCUGGGCGCCGUCUGCGGGGUCGUGCUGUACUGUGCCUGCUGGCACAACGGGAUGUCGGAAAGAAACUUAUCUGCCCUGGAGAACUAUAACUUCGAACUUGUGGAUGGCGUGAAGUUGAAAAAAGACAAACUGAACCCACAGAGUACUUACUCGGAGGCAUGAAGGCAGACAGAGGUGACCAGGCGAGCAGGAGAGUGGAGCGGAGGACAGAGCUUGAGCUGGGGACCGGCUGAUCUUUCACUGUUCAGGCUGGGAAGUGCGUUAAUGAUGCCAAGCCAGGUUUUCUCAGGAGCUUCGAUGAGUUCGGCCGACAGACGUGAACGACUUAGCUGUGUCAACAAUCGGAAUCCUGUACAGUCAGCUUCUUUCUGUUGGUUUCUUUUGAAUAAUCAAAUGCUGGUGUUGAGACCAAGCAUGAUUGACUUAAUAAUUCAUUUGGACUCCCCCUUUCCCUUCUCUCUCUUCCUCUUCUGGAUUCUUUUCGGAAACUGCAAAAUCCAAGAUGCUGGCGCCAAGCGUAUUCAGUGGGGCCCUUUUGACGGACAUGCUACCUGCAGCCCAGUGCCCAGAAUAUAUUCGAGUAACCACAUUUCAGUGGACUCCUGAAGCUGGCCUUGUGUAUCAUCGCCCGCGUCGUGCAUAGGCAAAGAAGGAGUAGGAUGUUUUCUGUUAAAGUACCGUAGCCUCAGUACCAGUCUAGUGUGUCAGCUCUGUUUACGAAGCAAUACCGUCGGAUUUCCUCGAUGUUUUCCAGUGUUGUACUCAACCCUGUGCUGUGAACUCCAUACAGAAAACUGUGCCAUCACCAAGCACUGCUGGCAACUGGGUGUGAUGCCGACAACCACAACGAAGAAUCCUUGGCACUGGCUGGUCUACGUCCUCUCAAGUGCCUUUUUGUUUGUACUGGUUCUCAUUGUGUUACAUUAACCCGCCCUGUUUCUCGCUGGUGAAAGCCCUCCUCUUGAAUCAAACCCUGGUGGCCCACUGACUAAGAAGAAAGUAUAUUUUAGUGUGAGAUGUCAGCCUCCGGGUAGGCAAGGGCUCCGAAGAUUUGGCAACGUGGCUUAAUUGUUCUGCUUUUUCCGUAGUUCAAUUUCAUGUCUCUUGACCCUUUUGUAUAAAGCUGCAAUAUUCUCUCUUACUGUUCUUUCAUAUGGAAUGUAUUUUCAAAUGUAAACUCUUUCUCUCCUAUCUCUCUGUCUUUUUUCUCUCUUAGGAUUUAAGCAUUUGCCAUUAUCCAGAAAAGAAACUUGCAGCUUUAACCUGCUGGUAAUGGCAAACACUUUUACUAGACUUUAUGUUGGAAAAUAAAUAAAUAAGGGAAAUUCCUAACUUUGCCCUCCAAAGUCUAACUUUGGUUUCCUUGUUAACUGGUUAAAGUGACAGUAUCUUUUUUCCUAAAGCCGUUUGUCUGUCUAUUCCAAUCGAAAUGAUCUUCGAUAGAAAUGUUUGCAUUUAACAGAAAUAGUGAUAAGUUGAGAGAAGAAAUAAUACUAAUUGGCUUUCAAGUGAGACCCAAAGGAAUAGAGUUCUCCCCAUAUCCAAAAACAGGAGAUUUUUACAUCCAAAUACACAAAAAUGACCCAUGAGAGCCUUCUUGUUUUGGUAUUGAGUCAGACAAGGGAAGUGGAAGAAAGAACAGUUAAUUUAAGAAAGCGACAAUAAAUCCUGGUGCCUGGGGAUGAAGUAUUUUAAGAUGACAGAGGGGAAGAAAAUGAAUAAAGUCAAAACAAAUGUUUUUAAAAAUUCAGUCAGCAGCAACCCUGAAAAAACAGAGACUUGAAUGAAUGCUUCUAGAAACUUCCAGUGCCUCCCAAACAAAAAGCCUGCCUUGGGGCUGGCAAGACCUAAGCCUCCAAUGGCACAGAGAGGUAAAUAUCUUAUCAGGCAGCAUUGAAUUAACCCAAAGAAGCUUUGGUUGUUUUCUGUGUAUUUGUGCCAUGCCGUGUUGUACCGUAAGAACUUCCUCCCUUCCGGCACUGCUGUAGGUCUCACUCGAAUAUAUUUGUGGGAGUCACAUUUGCAUCAUGGAGGGGAAAAGUCCAUUCAUCCUGGUCUAAUUGAAUUGAGAAUGCCUUUUGUUUCCAGGAAAGUAUUGAUCACUAUGAAAGAAGAAUAGAUUCUUAUCUCCAGAGGCAUCCAUUCAGCCGUUAUAAUCGUACCAGGAUGAAAGCAUUAAGACUUGAUUUAUCUUUAAGGCAACUGGCUUACAGUUGUCUUCAGCCAAGGAAAAAUGAUACUGCAACUUUAAAUUUGAAAGUAUCUUGCACUGAUAAAUAUAUUUAAAAAUUAUAUGUUUAUAAAGUUAUUAAUUUGUAAAGGCAGUGUUACAAAAUGUUCAGUUUAUAUUGUUUUAGAUUGUUUCGUAAUUUUAAAAGGUGUAAAAUAACAUAUUUUUUUCUUUAUUGAGAUCUAUAAAGCUUUCUGUAGUAAAAUGUUUUCAUUUUACUGGUAUAUUAUUGCUUCAUGUUUUGUACCAUCAUAAAAUUUUGUGCAAAUUUUUUUUACAGAAAUUUUUAUUUUCUAUGACAAUAUGACACUUGUAAAUUGUUGAUUCAAAAUGAACAGCGAAGCCUUAACUUUAAACGACAUUUGUAUUCUCAGACACUGAGUUGCAUAAAAAACCACAUAGAACUGAACUGUAACUUAAAUUCCAAACUAUGACUACUACAUUCCAAAGAAACAGUUGAAUUAAACAUUUUCCUAAAAUA